AUGACUUCGUGCAAGAUCAUAUAUGGCACAGCUUGGAAGAAGGAGCGCACAACGGCUCUCGUCGUGUGCGCCGUACUUAAUGGUUUCCGGGCAAUCGACACCGCGGCGCAACCAAAACAUUAUCGCGAGGACCUAGUCGGAGAAGCACUGAGGUUAUUGCAGGAGAAACACGGCAUUCGGCGUGAGGACCUCUUCAUACAGACGAAGUACACGACGCUCAGUGGCCAAGACCGCAGUCGACCACUCCCAUACAACUCUCGCGACGACAUCGCAACUCAGAUAGAGACGUCGGUGCAAACGUCGAUGCGGAACCUCCAUACCACAUACCUGGACAGCCUCCUCCUCCAUUCGCCGUUUGGGCGCCUCGAAGACACCAUUACCGCAUGGCGGGUUCUGAUAAAACUACAGAACGCUGGAACCGUCAAGAUAAUCGGCGUCAGCAACACAUAUGACGUGAACAUCAUUGAGAUGUUGGAGAAACAAACGGGUAGGCCGGUCCAGGUGGUUCAGAAUCGGUGGUAUGAAGGCAAUCAAUGGGAUCCAGAAGUCUGCAGCUACUGCAGGAAGCGAGGGAUUCAGUAUCAGUCGUUCUGGACCUUGUCCGGCUCCCCAACCCUGCUCGCGCAUCCGUGCCUCCGUUUGAUCGCCCGUGAGAGGAACUGUACGCCAGCCCAGGCACUUUUCCGGCUUGCCCAGUCCCACGGCAUUAUGCCUCUAUCCGGCACGACAAAUGAGCAGCACAUGAAAGAGGACAUCGAAACGGAGAAAAUUAGCUUGAAAGAGGAGUUGCAAAGCACAGGAAGGCUGAGCAGCGCUGCACAAGAGAUCAACAAUCUUCUUUGGGGUUCUUGA